AUGCAGCGCGCUCUUUCCUCCGCUUUGCGGUCACCACUCUCCUCUGCUUCCCCGUACUCUAGAUCUGCAGGCAAGAGUUUACAGCAACUCCGCUUUGCCCAUAAAGAGCUCAGGUUCGGUGUCGAAGGACGAGCUCAACUGCUCAAGGGUGUGGACACCCUGGCCAAAGCUGUGGCCACCACUCUCGGUCCCAAAGGUCGCAAUGUUCUCAUCGAGUCAAGCUACGGCUCCCCCAAGAUUACAAAGGAUGGUGUCACUGUCGCGAAAGCCGUGACUCUCCAAGAUAAAUUCGAGAACCUCGGUGCUCGCCUGAUCCAGGAUGUCGCCUCCAAGACCAACGAAGUUGCUGGUGAUGGUACCACCACCGCUACCGUCCUUGCCUCCGCCAUCUUCUCCGAGACCGUCAAAAACGUGGCCGCCGGCUGCAACCCUAUGGAUCUGAGGAGAGGAACCCAAGCCGCGGUCGAGGCUGUGGUCAACUACCUUCAGAUGAACAAGAAAGACAUCACCACCAGCGCCGAGAUUGCUCAGGUCGCCACCAUUUCCGCCAACGGUGACACUCAUGUUGGAAACCUCAUCUCCAAUGCCAUGGAGAAGGUCGGCAAGGAGGGUGUGAUUACCGUCAAAGAAGGAAAGACAAUCGAAGACGAGCUUGAGAUCACCGAAGGUAUGCGCUUCGACCGAGGCUUUACUUCUCCAUACUUCAUCACCGACACAAAAUCGCAAAAGAUCGAGUUUGAAAAGCCCUUGAUCCUGUUGUCUGAGAAAAAGAUCUCGGCCGUGCAAGAUAUCAUUCCUGCUCUGGAGGCAUCCACCCAACUGCGACGACCCCUCGUCAUUAUCGCCGAGGACAUUGAUGGAGAGGCCCUCGCUGUCUGCAUCCUCAACAAGCUCCGAGGACAGCUUCAAGUUGCCGCAGUCAAGGCUCCCGGCUUUGGUGACAACCGCAAGAGCAUCCUUGGUGAUAUUGGUAUCCUGACAAACGCAACUGUCUUCUCUGAUGAGCUAGAGAUCAAGUUGGAAAAAGCUACUGCCGACAUGCUCGGUUCCACUGGUAGCAUCACUAUUACCAAGGAAGAUACCAUCAUCCUCAACGGAGAAGGCAGCAAAGAUGCGAUUGCUCAACGAUGCGAGCAAAUCCGAGGCGUCAUGGCUGAUCCUUCCACUUCCGAAUACGAGAAGGAGAAGCUUCAGGAACGUCUCGCCAAACUGUCCGGUGGUGUUGCCGUCAUCAAGGUCGGCGGUGCCUCGGAAGUUGAAGUUGGUGAGAAGAAGGACCGCGUUGUGGAUGCUCUCAACGCCACCCGCGCCGCUGUUGAGGAGGGCAUCUUGCCAGGUGGUGGCACCGCUCUGAUCAAGGCUUCCGCCAAUGCUCUAGGUGAUGUCAAGGCUGCCAACUUCGAUCAACAACUCGGUGUCAGCAUUAUCAAGAGUGCUAUCACCCGACCCGCGCGAAAGAUUGUUGAGAACGCAGGUCUUGAGGGCAGCGUUGUUGUUGGCAAGCUUACCGACGAAUUUGCCUCCGAUUUCAACAAGGGUUUCGAUUCCGCCACGGGCGAAUAUGUUGACAUGAUUGCCAGAGGUAUCGUUGACCCCUUGAAGGUCGUCCGCACUGCUCUUGUUGAUGCUUCCGGCGUUGCUUCCCUUCUCGGAACAACUGAAGUCGCAAUUGUCGAUGCCCCUGAAGAGAAGCCCGCAGGCCCACCAAUGGGAGGCAUGGGCGGGAUGGGCGGAAUGGGAGGCAUGGGCGGCUUCUAA